AUGCGACUUCAAAAUAUGUUCAGAAGUAAAUUCUGUCUGUUUUUUGUGAUAUUUCUACUACUAGUAUUAUUGUAUACAGCUCCAGUUAGUCAACUGUUGAAGAAAUCAUCAAAUACUAGAACAUCGGAGAAUACAACAAAUUAUAUUAGUAGAAUUAAAAAUUCAAUUCCAAAAUCUGGAGUGAUUAUUGAUCCACAAAGACGUUUAAGCAGAGUUCUUCCAGUUUCCCAUGUUUUCAUUACAUCUGCCUACUACUAUCCAACAUCCAAAUCAUUGGGAUCAAACGCGAUUGCAUUGAAUAUGGUUGUUGAUUCAGUUAAUUUUAGUGUUGAAAAUGCAAUAUACAAAGUUAUUGGAUCAAAUGGUACUCAUUCUGAUUCAACAGAAGCUGUCUCAAAAGUAGAAGGAGUUCCAAGUUGUCGUUAUACUACUGCGAUGGCUAGAACGAACACAAUAGAGAAUUUGAAAAAAUUGGAAAUGGAAUCCAAUGGAGUAAAAGUUGAGAUUCCGUUCAAAAUGGCUUGUUAUUCAGCUCCAAAACCAGUUAUCAUAUGCAUUUCUCCACAAUUUGUUGCAGAACAAUGGCAAAUGUUUUUGAUGCAUGUACACGUGGCAAAUCGAUUUGGAGGGCAUCUUCAUAUGUACAUAACUUCAAUGAUAGAAUCUUAUUUUGAAUUAAUGAGAGAAUAUGAAAGACAGGGAUAUUUGACACUUGAUUAUUGGUUAAGAAUGAAAUUUGAGAAAAUUGAAACACCGUAUUUUGAGCCAAACGGGAAUAUUGAAUGGAGAAAUCAAGCAGGAGCAGAGACAGAUUGUCUUUUGCAGUACAAGGAAGCUGCACAAUACAUUGCAUUUUUUGAUAUGGACGAUAUCCUGUUCCCAGCAAGUUAUUCAACAUAUUUGGAAGAAUUUAAUGCGGAAUGGGCAAUUGAACCGAAUACGACAUCACUGUUUUACGGAAGACGGGAGCAUGAGUUCGUGAAAGCUGAAACAAUGUCAGAGUUCAGUUUCUCUGAACUUGUCGCCAGUCUCCGAUCGUCUCCAACCGUGAAACGUGGAAAAGUCGUUGUAAAACCAGAAACCUACAAUCACACGUGGAUUCAUUACAGUUGGCAUGAAGAUCCAAAUACGAGGCAUAAUGUCAGUUUCCCUCAUCUUGUUCAUGUUCAACGACCACUCCAGAAAAAUGGUCAUAACAAUAUCACACAUCUCUGGAAAAUGGAAUUUGAACCAUUAAACGAAACAAUCAGAGAAGAAGAUAUUAAAGCGAUUGAAUAUGAUUUUUGGAGAAUGCGGAAUCAAUCUCGAGUCGUUGAAAUUUCAAAACGACUUCCAAGUGAAGAUUUUUAUUUGCCAAUUGUAUUCAAAUGUUAUUAUGAUUCAUUCUAUGGUUUCAUAUUUGAUAACAAACGUCGAAAAGGUCCAAUGCAAUGCCCGAAUGCAGAUCUUUGUGAAUUACCACAAAGAGAAGAAUAUCGUUGUGUACAUUCAGAUGCUGAAUAUUAUUCAGGACCCCAUAUGGAACCAUUUACAUUUCAUUUCUCGAGUAAUUCAUUUUGGACUAAAGACAUCGGAUGUUAUCAGUAA